ACCCAGCACAACCCGACCCGACCCGACCUCUCCGCAGCCAUCGACGGCAGCAUUGAUAACAGCACCGACGGCACAGGCACUUAGCACUCGGUGUGGCGACGGCACCAUGCCCGACCUCAACUCGGUCCCGGCAUCACCUCACGUCCUCGCUCCAGCGCCUCGCCGGGCGUCUUCGCAGCAGAUGCCUCCCCCGCCCGUGCCCGCUUCGCCAUCGUUGAACAUCCUCCCUUCGAACCAGAGCGCCGUUAACAAUGCCGCCGGGUCGCCCCCCCUCCCGUCUCCGCACUUCCUGGGCCCUAGCGUCUUGUCGCCAGCCGCCAUGGGCGACAACACCGGCGUCGGGCCGGGUCCCGGCCCCAUUAGGCACCCGCGUCCCUUGACUGCUGCCGACCUCCAUCUCCAGCUCGAGAAGGAACAAGAGGCCGUGGUCAACCGCCUGAGCCGCGAGCUCACCAUCCUCCGCGCCGCUCACAACGCCUCGGUUGUCUCCAACACAUCAUCGACGUCUGCGAGCGCUUCGGGCACCGAGUCUACCCAGGUUGUGGAAGUGCCUGCAGCUGGCCCCGGGCUAUCCCACCAUAGAGCUGGCCGACACCACCGCACUUCGUCGAAUGCAAGUGCACGCAGCGUCACGGCCAACAUUGGCUCUGUGUCCACCACCUCCAUGGCUGGCAUCUCCUCGCCCGCGCCGGUGCGCCCCAGUCAGCCCCCAGCUUUGGGAGGCAUCAGUCUCAGCCGCCAGAACAGCAGCGCCUCACGUCGAAGCCGGGCAGGCUCGCCGUCUCCCGCUCCACAUCCCUACUCGGCGCACGCGAGUCAGAACCCGACGCCCUCUCACUCGCAGCCCCACAGCUACACACAGUCAAGUCUCAACGACCCUGCAAUGGUCAACUACUUCGCGCAGCGACUGCCAGCUCACCCCAGCAACAUCUCUGUCUCGGCGGUCGCCACCCCAGGCUCUGCUGCUAGCGAGCUGUCCCCUGGGAUUCUCCCCGCGACGACACGCUACGAGGAGACAGCUUAUUACCGCGCCGAGUUGGAGAAUGUCAAGCGGGAGAACGAGGCGCUCAAGCGGCGGGUGCGCGAUCUCGAGCGUACAAUACGUGACCGUCGUCCCAGCGACGCGAGCCGAGCCAGCCAGCCAGCCCCCCUGUCUGCAAGGUCACGGAGCGACAGCGCCAGCACUACGGCCAGCGCCGGAGCCAGCGUUGCCGCCAGCACUACGGGCGUCGGCGGAGUAAGCAUUGCUGCGCAGCGAGAGGGCCGGGAGCGGCCGCGCGUGGUUAGCAUGCUGAGCACGGCCAGUAGCGUCGGCGUCGGCGUUCCCGAAGAUGAAGUCAGGGUCGGCGAAAGCGCCGCCAGCGCCGGGCUCGGGGAUCGCAGCCAUGACGGCCAACCGCCGUCUCACGGCUAGCCUAGAUUUGCCUAUUGGACAAGAAUUUCCCGAAGAUUGGUUAGGUCGGACGCCAUUCUUGAAGUAUCCGGCCGUGCGGUAGAAUUGGAGUUCAUUCAGGAAUAGCACACCGCGACAAGACUUGGGCAAGUUAUUAUUUUCCCCUAGGAGAAAAAGGGGCGAAAUCUUGGAGUUUUGAUCACUUCUUUCACUCCUUUUCCUUUUCUCUUUUUUUUCUUUGUAACCCCUUCUUUCAGUCCAGCCUGCUAGCCAACCCACUUGCGGUAACCUUUUUCCCAAAACAGAUCGGGGGUUUUAGCCUUGGUAUG